AUGCCGGCGCUCUCGCCGUCAAUGGAGACUGGCACUAUUGUCGAGUGGAAGAAGAAGGUCGGCGAUCUCGUCAAGGAGAACGAGGUCUUCUGCACCGUCCAGACGGACAAGGCGGUGGUUGAUUACACCAACACCUUUGAGGCGGGCUACAUCGCGAAGAUAUUCCACAACAACGGCGAGACAGUUACUGUUNCGGACAAGGCGGUGGUUGAUUACACCAACACCUUUGAGGCGGGCUACAUCGCGAAGAUAUUCCACAACAACGGCGAGACAGUUACUGUUUCUCGGACCAUCGCUGUGCUGGUCGACGAAGCCGCUGAUGUCGCCAAGUUAGUGGACUACUGCCCCGGCGACGCGGAGCCAAGCAAGGCUGCCGAGCCUUCGACAAAGCCUGUCGCAGCAGCAGCAACGCCAGCAAAGGGGAGCGUGAAGCGGUACGGGGACUCUCUCGAGGAGGCCAUCGCGGCCAGCGGCCCGGGCGUCAUGCGCAUCGCCGCCCGUCUUGACAAAAAGACGUUGGAGUCCAUCACACCCACCGGCAAGGACGGGCGCUUCUCGAAGAGCGAUUUCAUAGGGAAGCCGGGCUUCAACUACGAAGACAAUGUUCCGCCACCGCCCUUGUCUGGGGCUGCUUCUGCCACGAAGAGUAGUGGUGCGGCGGCGCCGCCGAGUGCAGCAGCAGCUGCAACCGUUGGCGUUGUUGUGAAGGCUUUCCCGGUGCAUAACCUCAAGGUGUCCGACACGACGUUGCUGCAGCAACUCAUUCGCACAAUGCCGAAGCCGAAGCCGGCGAAGGCUAAGGACGGCAAGUAG